AUGGAGAUGAACGGCACCGCCAAACGAAAGCACUCCGGCAGCGCCAUGUCUCUACCAUCCGCAAAACACUUCAGACCAGAUACCGCCGCCGCUGCUGCUACUGCUGCUGCUGCUGCUGGAAGCCAUACUCCCUCCGAAGAUCGCCAGCCGUCCGGGGACGUGGCCAUGUACGCCUACGACGGGGCAGAGGCAGACCCUGAAGCCGCGGCCAGAGCCAUGCUGCCCGUCAGCCAGGUGCAGACGGACUCGGCAGAGUGGCAGGAGACCAUCGAGAAGGUCGUCCGGUGCGUGGUCUCUAUCCACUUUUGCCAGACGGCUUCGUUUGAUACGGACUUGUCCAUGGCCAGCCAGGCGACGGGGUUUGUGGUCGAUGCGAAGAACGGAUACAUCAUGACCAACAGACAUGUUGUCUGUGCAGGACCUUUCUGGGGAUACUGUAUCUUCGAUAACCAUGAAGAGUGCGAUGUGAAGCCGAUAUAUCGAGACCCCGUCCACGACUUUGGUAUACUCAAAUUUGACCCUGCCGCCAUCAAAUAUAUGCCCUUGACCGAGCUGAAGCUACAGCCUGACUCGGCUAAAGUUGGUGUGGAGAUUAGAGUGGUAGGAAACGACGCAGGAGAGAAGCUGAGCAUUCUGUCCGGCGUUAUCAGUCGACUCGACCGAAACGCCCCAGAGUAUGGAGAGGGUUACAGUGAUUUCAACACGAACUACAUCCAAGCAGCGGCUGCAGCCAGUGGUGGAAGUUCAGGCAGUCCGGUUGUCAAUAUCGAUGGCUACGCUAUCGCCCUACAAGCUGGCGGACGUGCAGACGGGGCUGCCACGGAUUAUUUCCUCCCUCUCGACCGGCCCCUUCGUGCAUUGCAAUGUAUCCAAAAUGGUCAGCCAGUGACUCGAGGUACCAUACAGACUCAGUGGAUCAUUAAGCCGUUUGAUGAGUGUCGAAGACUUGGCCUGUCUCCGGAAUGGGAGGCUGCGGUAAGGUCGGCGGCGCCCAAGGAGACCGGCAUGCUUGUUGCUGAGAUUGUGCUUCCGGAGGGGCCCGGAGACGGCAAACUCCAAGAAGGCGAUGUCCUGGUCAAGGUCAAUGGAGGCCUUCUCACCCAGUUCGUCAGGCUAGAUGAUAUCUUGGACUCUUCCAUAGGACAGGAUGUCACUCUACUGGUACAGAGAGGCGGCGAGGAUCUCCAGGUCAAGUGUCGGGUACAGGAUCUUCAUGGCAUUACCCCCUCACGGUAUGUCAGCGUGGCUGGUGCUAUCUUCCAUGACCUAUCGUACCAACAGGCAAGACUGUACUCCAUUCCUUGCCGUGGAGUCUACGUCUGCGAAGCCGCCGGCUCGUUUAAGCUGGAAAACGCUUUCUCCGGCUGGAUUAUAGAUGCCGUUGAUAAGAGGCCGACCAAGAACUUAGAUGAAUUCAUUGAAGUCAUGAAGACCAUACCAGACCGUGCGAGAGUGGUUCUAUCAUACAAGCAUAUCCGUGAUCUGCACACCAGAGGAACCAGUGUCGUGCAUAUAGACCGUCACUGGCACCCCCAGAUGAGGCUUGCUCAGAGAAAUGAUGCUACUGGUCUCUGGGAUUUCACUGACCUGGCUGAUCCUCUCCCUGCAGAACCUCCUGUGCCUAGGAAGGCGGACUUCAUCCAUCUCAAUGGUGUCAAGCAUGCUGCUGCCAACGAUAUUGUUCGCAGCUUUGUCCGUGUAUCCUGCACCAUGCCCGUCAGGCUUGAUGGUUUCCCACAGGCCCGGACUCAUGGUUUCGGUCUGGUUAUCGAUGCCGAAAAGGGGCUUGUCAUUAUUUCUCGAGCCAUCAUUCCAUUUGACCUUUGUGAUAUUAACAUCACAGUUGCCGACUCUAUCAUCGUCCGAGGCAAAGUUGUUUUCAUGCACCCGCUUCAGAACUACACUGUCAUCCAGUAUGAUCCCAGCCUGGUGCAGGCUCCCGUCAAAUCCGCGAAAUUAAGCACAGAGUACAUGCAGCAAGGUGCCGGAACCCUGUUCGUUGGUUUCAACCAGAACUUCCGCAUUGCUGUAACGGCUACAACUGUCACGGAUAUCACCACCGUUGCGAUUCCUCCAAAUUCUUCUGCUCCACGAUAUCGUGCUAUCAACCUGGAUGCCAUCACGGUCGAUACCGGACUAAGUACACAAUGCACCAGUGGUGUUCUAUUAGGAGAAGACGGCGCUGUCGAGGCGCUUUGGCUCAACUAUUUAGGUGAACGAACUGAAAGCUCCCACAAGGACGUUGAGUAUCAUCUCGGACUAGCUACACCGUCCCUUCUCCCAGUUCUCUCUCAAAUCCAAAGCGGCGCCAUCCCCAAGCUUCGAAUCCUCGACAUGGAAACAUACGUUAUUCAAAUGAGUCAGGCUCGUGUCAUGGGCGUCUCUGAAGAAUGGAUUCGUAAGGUUGCCAUCGCCAACCCAGCACGACAUGAGUUGUUCAUGGUGCGAAAAGUAGACUGUGCUUCUCCUUCGUCUACAGACUCGAGGCCGCUAGAGGAGGGAGACAUUAUUCUCACGCUAAAUGACAAGCUUGUCACUCGCGUCUCCGACUUUGAUACUAUGUACGAUAAAGAGUCGCUAGACGCUUUGAUCGUGCGUAACGGCGAGGAGAUGAAGAUGCAGAUCAAAACCGUCCCCACAGAGGACCUUGAGACUGAUAGAGCACUUAUUUUCUGCGGAGCAGUCUUGCAGAAACCUCACCAUGCUGUCAGACAACAGAUAUCUAAGCUGCACUCCGACGUAUACGUCAGCGCAAGGAGCCGCGGAUCACCUGCUUACCAAUAUGGCUUGUCUCCAACCAAUUUCAUCACAGCUGUUAACGGUGUAAAGACGCCCGAUCUGGACUCGUUCAUUCAACAAGUCAAAGUGAUUCCCAAUAAUACGUACUUCCGCCUGCGUGCCGUGACGUUUGAUAACGUGCCAUGGGUUGUCACCAUGAAGAAAAACGACCACUACUUCCCGAUGUCCGAAUAUGUCAAAGAUCCUUCUUCCCCCUUGGGGUGGAGGACAAUCAGCCAUACUCCAGACGGAAAACGCCGCGACACGUACGAUACGAAUAACCCCAAUGCUGAUGCUAUGAUGGAAGAUAGAGAUGUUGAAAUAGCUGACGUAGAGCCGGAGGACGAGUGA